AUGCUUGCAUCGUUUACUCGAGUUACCUUUUCUAUCCUCUUCUUUUCCAAAACGCAGGCCGUCUUUGGCGUUCCCCUUGAAACGGCCAUAGAGCGCAGUCCCAGCCACGACGGCGUCUACCUGCCAGCCUUCUUCCGUCAAUGUGUAGACUUUAUUGAAGAAUAUGGUCUGGCCACCGAGGGAAUCUACCGGGUGCCCGGCGUAAAUUCACAGGUGAAGGCCAUCAUUGAUGCGCUUAAUCGCGGCAUCGAGUUCCCUGACAUCCCACCCAGCUCCCCCACCUACGCCUCGCCUUCCCCCUGUCAGCCUGCUCGGCGUACAUCAGGUGAAUGUCGCCUCUUUGCUUUAGUGUAUUGUUGA